AUGGCACCAUAUGAAGCAGAUGCCCAGAUUACCUUCCUUGUAAAUAAAGGAUAUGCUGAUUUUGCUGUGUCUGAAGACUCAGAUUUGCUUGCAUAUCAGUGCGAAAAGGUAUAUGUGUAUUUUUAACAAUUUGCUAUAAUAAAAAGAGAUGGCAUGUUGAUCUACCUACAAUCCUUUGCAGGCAGCAAGCAUAAAUCCGCAAAAGAGUGACAAGAAAAACAGACAAUGACAUGAAACUUAAACCGAUAAGUAUAACUGACAUUUUGUGUGUUAUUUAAAAAAACAUUUGACUGUUGUUUUAACAUUUCCAACUACAAUGCACUGUGGGUAAAUCGACAGCCGCCAUCUUUUAUAUUAUGGCAGAUUAGAUUUCUAUAUCAGGUGAUAGUUACAGUACUAUCACAGUAUAGAAAUCGAGAGCAUAGGCGUACGGGCACAUUAUUUUUGGGGGGCUGGGCUGAAUUUGCCCGAAUGGCAUGACGUCAUAGAUUUUGUGACGUCAUCAUAAAAUUAUACAAUCUAAGAAGACUACAAAUGAAAGGCUUUCGUUUGAAGUCUUUGAAGAUUGAUAUAAAAAGAAAUAUGUCGUCCAUAGCCAUUUCAAUUAUAAGCUAAAUAUAUGGCAUUACGAUUCACAAAGAAAGAGAAAGUUACUAACGUAACAACAUUUUUUGGUAUAAAAUGGGUAAUUGGACAAGUACUGGUGCAAGACAUUGUGUAGCCUAAAUAAUGAGAGGACCAGUAUUCCAAAAAUUGUUGUCCUUAAUUUCUUAACUCCGACUCCUGUGAUGAACAUGUAUGUAAAACCAAGGGAAAUUACGAUUAUAUAGAAACUAAAAUAGGUGGAAAUGUUAUGGGACACAAUAAAAGGCGAGGAUAAGGAGGAAGGCAACCCUGUCCGCGUUUCGACCUAAAGAUGGUGUAACAUUUUCACUGUCCGUCACCGUAUUCUGUUUACUAUUUUCUCUGAGCUGUGGCAGUGAAUUUAAUUCAUCAACAUCAAUGAACGUUGUCAUUGGUUCUGUUUGGUCUUCGCUCAUGGGUUCCUUCACAUUUUUCUCAGAUAGAUCUUCAUCAAAAGACACCAUGACUGCAGAAUUUUUACUACAACUCGAUUCAGUUCCAAGUAGGGUUAGGUCAUACUGCAGCCUGCAGGUCAUCAUCCUUGGUUUUCAUGUUACUUUUUACAAAGAAAGUAUUGAUUUUCGACUGGGAUGAAUCCGAUGAUUCCAUCACUGGAUGACAUUUUACUUUUUUACCAUUGUGAACCAAUCGAGAAUGCACCUCUUUAUAGUCACUGUCGAUUUCCUUAUUGCAUUCCUUGCACCGAACGCGAUGUCGGUACUGUCUUUUACGAGAUGCCAUUGUAAUCUUCUAGGCGAUUGUUUCUAUAGGGAUUGUGGAGUUAAUUGUCGUAAAAUCAACAAUUUUUUAAUGAUUGUAAAAAAACGGCGCAUUUUUAUGUCUAUCUAAAAGUCUAAAAUUAGUCACAUUAGGCCAUUGUACAGUAUUUGUAUGGUUACGUCAAUGUCAAUUAUAAUGUAUAGUAUCUAUUUUCAGUGACUGGUGUGUCAUAGCCGUGGUGCCGCCCAGGGCCAGAGACUGUAUUUAGCAACCAGUGCUAUCAAGGGAGAUAAACAUUGCUGAUCCGAUUGUUACUACGCACACUCAUACCACACCUUCGCAAUAUGUGCAGCUAUAUACUAUAUACUUAUAUAGUUUAAUAGUUGUAUAGCCUACAUUAUGCUAGGUAAAUUGCUGAAUAUAGGCAUGAAUACAGUAGUGACAUUUUAUUGGUAGCCAUAGCAAUUGUUCCUUUGUUCUAACUUCUAGCCGUUUCUGUGGGGAUUUACGUUGGUGGUAUGUGCGUAAAAAUCAAAACCAAAUCCGAUUAAGUUAGAGCACUUGACCUUUAAUAAAUAUUAACCUGAUGCAUCAUGCUUGAAUCCAGCUAUGCGAUCUAUGGUAGUAAUAAAUAUACACAAACGUAGUGAAACGUUGCCAUUACAGAUUUACAGUGCAUGAUUGAACCUGUAAAAGUUGAACUUUUUGAAAUCAUACUUCUGUUCCGCUUUAUGGAUCAAUAUAUUUGUCUAACAUCCAGGCCGUUGUUGCCUGAAUUACAAGAUUCUCAAAAAAUUGGGGGGGGGCUCCUCCCGUACGCCUAUGAUCGCGAGUGAAUAAUCUUUUUUUUUGUUAAAAAAAAGUGAGAAAACAACAUUUCAAAAAGUUUUUACUAUUUUACUUGUGAUAAACUGGCAAAAAAAUGUGAUGAAGAAAUGGUUUUUCACCACUCGCUAUCUAUCAACAAUGCAGAAUGCAGCAUUUGCAUUAGGACUCAACUAACUUUUUACUAAAUAUAUAUACAAUACAGUUAGUUUUGAUAGUACUGGAUAAUGGAUUCAUCACUGGGGAGAACCAGAUUUAAUUUUUUGCACAUGAAUAAUAGACCUUUUCAAGCUUGUAUUUUCCAUGUAAGAAAGAAUAAAUUAUCUAUUAUGAUAUUUCAGGUACUUGUUUAAGCUACAAACAAAUGGGACAGGUGACUUUGUGGAGCUGGAAAAAGUCUUGAAACAUUUAAACCUAAAUGCAGAUAAGUUCACUGACAUGUGCAUUGCUGCUGGCUGUGACUACCUUGAUAAUAUUCGAGGCAUUGGAAUUAACAAGGCCAAGAAAACUGUUUCCAAGAACGAAACAUAUCUAAAUGUAUUACAGACCUUGAAGUUUGCUCCAGUUGACUACAGCAAAUGCUUUGAACAAGCUCGGAUGGUUUUCCAUUUUCAAACAGUCAUUGAUCCAAGCAUAUGUGAGACUGUCCCAUUAACUAAUAAUGGUGACACCAUGGACAACGAACUUCAAUCCAUUUGUGGACAGUAUUCUCUUGUACCAUAA